AUGAAGGGCGUACACAUUUCGAACUACGAUAUUAUUCGAGUGUUAGGUAAAGGCAGCUUCGGAGUCGUCAGACUUGUUCGUGAGAAGAGCGAACACUGCGAGAGUCUCCGUGGAAGCAGCUCCAGCACAAGAUAUCUUGAUGGAUCUCCGACACCAAAGGAAGAAAGCCAUUCGGGUCCUUGUCGCAGAUCAAAACAGGUAUUUGCCAUGAAAGUUAUCAGGAAAUCCGACAUGCUUCGCAAUAGUCAAGAAGGUCAUUUGCGUGCAGAACGGGAUUUCUUGGUUGCUUCAGAAAACUCCCGUUGGGUAGUGCCUCUGAUUGCCGCCUUUCAAGACAACAACAACUUGUACCUUGUCAUGGAGUACAUGAUGGGGGGAGAUUUUCUCGGACUACUCCUUCGUGAGGACAUUCUUGAUGAGAACGUGGCCAAGUGGUAUCUGGCAGAAAUGAUACUUUGCAUUGAAGAAGCACACAAGAUGAACUGGAUUCAUCGUGACGUCAAACCCGACAAUUUCCUCAUCACCUCAUCUGGCCAUCUUAGAAUUUCUGACUUUGGCCUCGCCUUUGAUGGCCAUUGGGCUCACAAUCAAACAUACUAUAACGAACAACGGUACAGCCUACUACGUGACUUGGGCUUGUAUGUCCAGGGUGAUGCACAAGAUAUGGAAGAAGAGAGAAACCGACAGGAUGCUCACAAGAACAUGGACCAUAUUUAUGGCAAUGGAUCGAUGCGCAACCGCUAUCAAACUCGACAGGAGACUGCCAAUGGACCCAUUAUCGAUUGGUUGAACCGUGAGCAAAGACGCCAGUUCGCAAAAAGCGUUGUUGGAACCAGUCAGUACAUGGCCCCAGAGGUUAUCAGAGGUGAAAACUAUGAUGGGCGUUGUGACUGGUGGAGCAUCGGCGUAAUACUAUACGAGUGCCUCUAUGGAUGUACACCGUUUUUCUGUGAGAACAGACAGGCGACAAAGGCGCGAAUAAUCGAUCACAGACGGUGGUUGCGAUUCCCGUCCGACCAGCGUUACGCUCGUCCGAAUAUCGAUCGUAUACCCCUUGUGCCAGUCUCACGCAAUGCCAUUGACCUAAUGACGAGACUCCUCGAAGAGAGACAGGACCGACUCUCAGCCAGAAGAUACCGUGAGAAUGACUGGGUGCUCCGCGACAAAUCUCUUAGUAUGCGUAGCAAUCGACACAUUCACAACAACACCGGUCACAUCGUCUUCCCCCACGAUGCCGAAGACAUCAAAUCGCAUCCAUUCUUCCGCAACAUUCAGUGGUCCUUGCUACACAUGACCCGCCCACCUUUUGUGCCUCGUGUCCAUGGCGGACAGCCCAUCACCAAGUACUUUGAUGAUGAGGCCGAUAUUCUCACCGCAUCCGAUCAUCUCGAUUCUUCCAGCUACGAAUUUUUGGAAGUAGCAGAAGAGACAGCACCGCCUUUUGCUGCUGCUGCUGCUGCUGCUCCCACAGCAAACGUCGAUCCCCUGGCCAUGGCAAUGGAUCCCCAAGUCCGUAUCCCUGGGAUCUUCGAACAAAUUGCGUGGGAUAGGCUAUGUACUUCGUUCAAGAAGAUACCAAGACGGAAAAGGGAGAAGAAACGACCUCGCGACAAGCUGCUCCGUGAUCCAGAAGUUGGUCGCGGGGUACUGGAGAUCAGGAAGAGAGGUGCUUUUGUAGGGUACACAUAUCGAAGGCCUAGGUUCUCACUGCCUGAUUUGGAGGAUAAGACUAUGGCGGCGAGACCGCCUAUCGCACGGCCCGGUAUGACUGCCACGAGUGCCUAG